AUGGACCAUAUAACAGAGGGAUCUCUGUCCCAGGUGAUGUCUGACAUCACAAAUGGUCAACAACCCUCCUCUACCAACAGAAGCAAAUCGUUGUUGUUUGAGUCUAUCCCCGAAGACAACAUUUACUCCCCAUCCGACAACGUCAAUAACGAAAACUCCCCAUUCCCGUUGAAAUCGUCGCUCAGCGUGCGAAAGAUGACUGGUGAACCUAAUUCUGAUAAAAAAGUCUGUUUCGAAAACUCUCCAGUGGUGGUCGAAUACGACAAACUCAGCAGCGAAGACGAGUAUUCCCUUAGAAACUCCAAUUCCGUCGAUAGUGGGAUCCUGUCUUCCAACUCGUCGUCCAAAAUAGCCACCACCACCACAAACUUCCAAUCGACUUGGAAACCCAACUUGACAAACUCUGGGACAACAACAACAAUGCACUCAGAUCAUCCUAAACCCUUGCCUCCAAUGCCCCAGACCUUGCCGCAAUCCGAGUCUUUACAACAGGAUUUAAGAUUUUAUAAUCUCAACAAUAAUGGCCAGGGUCUCCACAAUAAUACCAAUAAUACCAAUAAUAAUAAUAAUAAUAAUAAUAGUAAUAACCAGGAUCUCAGUAAUCAAUAUAGCGAAGUCGAAUUAUAUGAUAAUCUCGACUCGUUUGAAAAUGGUAAUGUCUCAGAAGUCUACCCUCCAACCUCGAUCGCCAUUCCAAAACUUCGGAUGAAAAAGGAAAAUUACAUCAAAAACGAUGGUGAAUUAAUCGAUAGUGAUCAAUCGAUGGAAAUCGAUGGCAAAUUGCAAGAUUUAAACAUCAAUGAGAAUAGGACCACCGCCACCACUGCCAGAGAUUACACGUUGGAUGACCUCAUCAAUGAUUCAAAUGCCACCGUCAACCGGUUUGAUUUCAAUUCUACUUCUUCUCCUUCCAAAAGAAAAAACAUGAGCCAUUUGGAAGAUACCUUGGACUCGGUGUUGCCUCCAGAUAGAACCCCAUCAACCAUCAUCAAGGAAAACCACAACCUAUACGAACGGUACAGAAACCACAAUAACCACCGUAUUGUCUCCAAUAGCAGUGAGAAAUAUUACGACGAUGUGAUUUUGAAUAGCGUCAGACAAAAUGUCAAUAAUGCGUUCACUGCCAAUCGUGACUCGAUCAAACGUCCCAAUGCGGUGAAAAAAGUUUCUCAACCCCAAGAAAUCGAAUCUUCCAAAGUUGGAGAAGAGGAAGAAUCUUCCAAAGAUGAAUUCACCAUUGGCGAUUAUAUGAAUGAUUCAAAGCACAUUUCUGGGGCUCACAAAUCUAAAGAUAUUUUCGAAGAUAUCGAAAUCACCGACCCAACUAUCUCGUCGACCCAAUCUAGUGGUAAAGUCGGCAAACCAGAAAGUAGACUUAGUUCCAUUGGGUCCAGUGUCACUCCGUUAGGCGAAUCUACCAUGGACCAUUCUGGGUUUUAUGCAUCGUUUAACCCUCCGAUAACCCCAAGUUUCAACAAAAUCGACGAAGAAGAAGAUUUGUCUGGUAAUGGAAUACCGAUGGAUGAUCCACAAGAAGAAGAAGAAGAAGUUUCCGAAGAUCAAAUCAUGCAAGAACAACAAGAAGAACCACUGCAGAAUCAAAUUGAUGAUUCAUUCGAAAGGCUCAGAAAUCAAGAUAUUUCUAUCAAACAAGACGAUCAAGAGGCGUUCAAACCGUUUUCUGAAUCGGUAUUUAUUGAAUCAAAUAAAGAUGCCAACACCACCCCUAAUGACGAUUCACGAGUAAAUGAAGUAUCCAACGACUCCACUGCGUCGAAUUUCACCCUCAAGUUGAUGCAAUUGAAGAAAGAAAAAGAACAACAACAACAACUGGUGAAUUCGUCAUUCAUGCCAGGGUUAGACCCAAAAAACACUUCGUCGCAAACUGUUGCAGACGAUAGUCACAGAUCGUUAGCCCCAACAAGACUCACCAACAGUGUAUUGGACACUUUGUUAUCAAAGACCAAUGAAUACGCCACCAAGAGCGGGAUUGCAAUGACCACCAAAGGAGUUUCUAACUCUGGGGCCACUUCUAAGACCACCAAGAUCUUCUCCAAUAAGCAUGAUUUCGAUAAACCUAAUAAGCCGGUGUUUGAUAAGCCACUGUUCCCAAGAUCGCCAACCCAAGAUUCGUUAUCGUCUUCUGAAGAUGUCCUCAACAUCUGGGCCAACAUGAAACAUAAGGAAUCAGAAAAUAAUAAUAACCACCAACAUCAAAAGGCCAGUACUAUUAGAAGUCAAAGUAUGAAGAGCUCUCCUAGUAUGAACUCGGUGGAAAUCAAGAAAAUGUUGAAGACCAAAAGAAAAAUCAGUCUUCGUAGUGGUACCGGUUCCAAGAAGUACCAAAAUCAUCAAAAUCAAAAUCAUAAUAAUGAUAAUAAUAAUAAUAAUAUCGACGAUAGCAUUACCACCGAUCGCAAUGGAAGGGUCGGGGGUAAUUUCAUCAACGAUACUAUUGAUCGUGGCAACAGUGAUGGUGAAGAUAUCGACGACGAUGAAGAAGAAGAUGACGACAAUGAGGAUGUAGAAAUCAUGGGUCCUGAAGAUGAUGAUGAAGAGGAAGAUGGGAUGUUGGAUCAUAUCAAGGACGAGUUAUCCAAGAUCCCUCAACCGUUAUUGCCAGAACAACAUUUCGGGAACGCUGAUUUCGAACAAGAAUUCACCCAAGAACUCUCAAGGUUUGAAGAUUUACAAGAUGAUGAAGAGCAAGUGGUGCGAGGGUAUACCACAAGAAUCAGUAAAAAUGAAUUGAUCGUUGCGAAAUUGGACGAAAAAAUGAUCGAUGGCCCUGAAGAGUACGGCAAACAAAAGAUCCCUAACGAGAUUUUCAACAGCAAGAAACCUCAUAUUUAUCAAGGGAUCGUUAGUAAACCCCAACAACGGGAAAUCAAAGUUUCCAAUGGAUCACAAAGUGCACGCAGCAGGAAAACCAGUGGGGGUAGUGGAGCCACCUCGAAUUAUGUCAGUGCAAGAAACAGUUUUGGUAAAGAGAUCAACGUUAGAAAAAGAAAGUCAGGAGCUCUCAAAGAAUUACAACAACAACAACAACAGCAACAGAAAGUUGGGGACCGAGUGGCUUCUAUAAAUUCCGAUGAUAGACAACAACAGCAGCAGCAACCAUUUAGGUUUUCUUCGACUUCUGGCUCGAUUUACGAACGACAAAUCACCGCCCCAAAAUUACACCGUAUUUCUGCCUCUAGUAAACGUGGUCAAUCAUUAUGCGGAUCGAUCCAUGAUGGAAGUUCCAUCAGUACCUCGAUCAGCGGCAGAGAUCCUAAAUAUUCUGGGCACCCACCAUCAUCAUUCCAGCAACCACCCGAACCGAUUCUUGAAGAUGAACAGAAUUAUUACGAUAUCAACUUGCCAAAGGACGAUCAAGGUAGAUUGUACGUUAGAAUCGUUGGAUUAAAGAACUUAGACUUACCGGCGGUCGAUGCCCACAAUGCCAAAUUCUCGUUGAUUUUGGAUAAUGGGAUCCACUGUAUUUCCACUCCUGAAGUGGAUUUGCAUACCAAUACCAGCAUCAACCAAGAAUUUGAAUUGACGGUCAGCGAUAAUUUGGAGUUCAUCUUGACGUUGAAAGCGUCGUAUGAAUAUGAGGGGACCGAGAAAUUGAUCGAGAUCACCGAGAAGUACCCCGUGCGGAAGCGGGUGCUUGGAGGUUUGUUGGGUCAUAAAACCAUUUACAAGACCAGGAAACGGUUGGUAUCAAAGAUCGACAAGACCGAUCCUUGGGAUACCAAGAUGGCGAAAGACGGGUCGUUUGCUAGAGCUUAUGUGGAUUUUGCCCAAUACGAGCCGUUGAUCACUGGCAAAGCCUGUAAUUUCGACGUCACCUGUUUCAACGAAUGGGAAACUUAUGAAGAACGCAACCAUCAAGUGAAAAAGCGUCAGCCUUACCGAAUUGGCAAACUCGAAUUACAAAUGUUAUACAUUCCCCGGAGCAAGAUCAACGAAGUGUUCCCACCAAGUAUCCAUAUCGCUUACGAAGCGGUGAAAGAGUAUCAAAAGCAAUUGCAAGUGAAUUACGAAGGGUUCUUAUCGCAAGAAGGUGGUGAUUGCAAUUACUUGAAACGCCGAUGGUUUACGUUGAACGGUACCGAUUUGAUCGCCCACAAUGAGUUUUCUAAAAAAACCAGAGCGAAGAUCAAUUUGAUCAAAGCGGUGGGGUUGAUUUCGUCGAAUAUCAAGAAAAACUACAUUGCGGGGACCACUAGUAAUAACAAUAGCAAGAAUAAUCGACGGUUGAGUGAGGAGAUCAUUAUGCAUCAAGGGUUCAAGAUCAAGUUCAUGAAUGGGGAAACCAUUGAAUUUGUUGCUGAUUCGCAGUACGAGAAGAUGAAUUGGCUCAGACUUUUGGAUCUGGUAAUUAGUAAGAAUAAGUUCCGUCAGCCAUGGAUCAAGAUUUUGUAUGAUCAGUUGGUGUGA